UGCGGUCUGAUGCGGUACAGUCUGGUCCAGAUAGACCACACUGAACGAAAAAUGAACAAUUUGAUUAGUCAACCACAAAAAUAUUGAACCAAUAACCAAGAAACAAUUGGUUAUUUUGCCUUUAAAACAUAAUUCCAACAUGUACAACAUAAAUCUCACUAAACAAUAAAGAUACAAACACAAAGCAUGAAGCAUCCCAACUUGCACCAUAACGUCAUAAACAUUUACAUAAUGUCAUAUGGAGACACGAUCGUCUCUACUUAUCUCUCGUGAAAUGUGGUAUUGAAUGAAGGAGGGGACGAGAUUCUCAAAAGUAAGAUUCAUACUUGGGUAGGGCUAGGAAUACAGACAAAACCGUAUGACAAACCGCGGUUUAAACCGUACCGCACAGUUUGGUCCGGACCCCUAGACCAUGAAUACAAUUUGGUCUGGUCCAUAGUUUGCCUCUUUCACUUGCGCUCUGUAACGGUUUGAUCUGGUCUAGACCGUGGUUAACCGUCCAGACCAUGGCCAAAAUUAAGUAUGGGUUGAGCCCAACUAGGCUCCAAAUUCCAAUGGACCAAACCAAUUUCAUUCUCCCGCCAUUGACCAUCCCAUGAUGCGAACACUCGCAGCCCUAGUCAAUGGUAAUUUUUAUUAAGGGUAAAUACAAUUUAAUAUCCAAACCUUUCAUUUUAAACAAUAUAGAAUCCAAACCUUUUCGAAAACAAUUUAAUAUCCAAAUCGUCAACUUUCCGUCCGUUUGACCUUUAGUUGACACUUCAAAAAAGCUUUGUUUAGGGGAAAUUGUCACAAUACAACUUUGUUUUGUUGUUUUGGCAUUGCAGAUGACUAAAUAUUAAGAUAUUCUAUAUCAUCAUGGUGGAGUCAUGGACUUCUAGGGUUUGGAACCACGAUAUGUUGGUAGUUAUUCAGAGAAGAUAUCGAUGGAUAUUGAUGAAGUGUCGUACUUUGAACUUUUUUGAAGUGUCAACUAACGGUCAAACGGACGGAAAAUUGACGAUUUGGAUAUUAGAUUGUUUUUGAAAAGAUUUGACUAUUAUAUUGUUUAAAAUGAAAGGUUUGGAUAUUAAAUUGUAUUUACCCUUUUAUUAAUAUAGUAUUUUGUUCCUCAAUUGUCAAAUUUCAAUUGUGUGUUUUGGAUUUUCUAACUAUUUAUUUGAUUUUUUUUCUUCCUUUGUUUAGUUUACAAUGUCCUUAUGGUGGAGCAGCAACUUGAGAUAGGAGUACCCCAAGAUUCUAACAUGAGCAAAGAGAUUGGAGGAAGUGAUGAUGUUGUCUCGGCUUCGAACAUAUGAAGGACAAAAAGAGAUUGGUGUUUGAAUUUACACUUUUUCUGGUUUGUUGAACUUAUUAGUAUUGAACUAUGGAUGUUGUUGAUUCUUAAUCUCACUUUAUGUUGGGUUGUCGACUUGAAAUGUUGGUGUUAUGUUGACUUUUGAACUUUGUCAGAUUUGAUGUCCAUGUGUUUUUUAUUUGUCACUAGCUAAUAUAUAACAUUGGAUAAUACAGGUUUUGUUGAACACAGUCUAUUCGGUCCAGACCGUACCGCACCGCAUAGGCCUUGUCUGGUCUGGACCGUAUAGGUUAUGGUCUGGUCCAUGGUCUCUGUUUUACCCUCUCGGUCUGGACCGCAGGCCGUGUAAAUGGUAUGGUCUGGACCAAACCGUACCGUUUUCCAUCCCUAGACUUGGGUAUCGUUGUGAGAGUUGGGUGAGUGAUCGAGUGGGCUACUAACACAUAUUGAGAAGUCGGCUGGGUCCAUGGUGUGGUCCGGUAAACCGCGGUCUAGAUCAAACCAGAUCAAGAGAUCAAAAUAUCAUAUAAUAGUAUAAUAUAGACCAUGCACCAGACCAAUCCACACUUAACGAUCUACGGUCCGAAUCAAACUGUGCGAUCCAGUUUGGACCCUGAUUUUUCAAACGAUUUGAUCUAUUUUUCCGACCCAAGAAACGGACGUGGAAAAACAAAUCCAAGGUGAAUCUACACCCCCGAGUCAAUGUUAAUUAUUUUUCUUCUAGAAAUUGGAAUAGGGCUCUUUUGAAAAACAAAGCAAGACCGUAAGUAGUUGAUUGGGUCAAUAUAAUUAAUUGGAUUGUCAAUUUUAUUCCGACUGCUGAGCUCAAUUAGUGUUGUGGACUUGGAGUCUUGUGAGUGGAGUUAUAGCUUCCUAGUCCCCCACUCCACUAAUUAGUAAUAAAAGUGCCAUUGCGAAAUUAUAUAUUAGAUGGAAUAAUUCUCCCAUCCUCGGUCUCCUAUACCACUUGACAUGAUUAGCUAGCUAGCUAAUUCUUCCACAUGACUAACACCAAAAGUUAAGUUGGUAAGAUUCAUUACCAUUCAACACGCCGGACUGACCGAAUUUUAUAAGGAAAAGGAAGGGGGGAAAAAGCAAGCCAGGCGGAUAUACACUUCACCACUGACACGCAUAGCUACUCGGAAACUUCUCAUCACCGAAAGCAAGACCGUACGUUAUAAUUAAUUAAUAACCAUCCCAGUUAAGUUGCAGAUGAUAUGAUGGAGAAGAAGAAAAAAAUGAAAUCCCCUCCGAUGCACAACAAUGGCCCUUGUUUGUCUUAUUCAUCAUCUUGCUCCCGUUGCGGUGGUUUUGCUCAUCUUCUGUUGUUGUUGUAGCAUUCAUCCCGGGGUAGCAGUGGACACUCUGAGGCAAGGCGGCCCAGCCCUCCCUCCCGGUUCCAACUCCUCCCUCGACAGCCCAAGCGGACAAUUCAGCUUAGCCAUCACCGAGUUCAACUCCGACAACCUCACCUGCCGCUACCUCGGCCUCUGGUGGGAGUUUCGGUACUUCAUCUGGACGGUCGACGGCAGCUUCCGCAUCUGCGACGGCUCGGGCCGCCUCGUCCUCGACCGCAACGGAACCCUCAAGCUCACCCACUCCGCCGCCGGCCCACCCCUCGUUCUCUACUCCAACAACAACAACACCACUAGCAAGAACCUGACCGCCGCCGUCCAAGACAACGGCAGCCUCGCCGUGAGGGACGGGAAAUUAGAUCCGCUGUGGCAGAGCUUCGACUCCCCCACGGAUUCCUGGCUGCCCGGGAUGAAACUCGGGGUGGUCAACACCGGGCAGAACCGUAAGCUGACGUCAUGGCUGGUGGAUUCCCUCCCGGUGAAAGGGGCCUUCACGCUGGAGUGGGACCCCAAGAGGGAGGAGCUGGUGACGAAGCGACGGGGCGUGCUGUAUUGGGCCAGCGGCAAGCAAUUGGGCCCCGACCGGUUCCAGCAUCUGGACCUCACGGGGAUCUCGUCCGCCGGGCUGGACUACAACGUGACACGUGUCUCCAAGGGCGGUGACGAUUACUUGACUUUCGGAGUUUCCGUGAACGGAAACAGUGUCCCGGGACAGUGGAACUUCAGCAUCUUGGCGUUGGGCCACGACGGCGGGAUCGAGGACAAGACCGUCGGCGUUCCGGCACUGGACCCGGACCUCUGCGACGGGAACAGCACGGAGAACGGGUGCGUGAGAUGGGAAGGGCCGGAGUGCCGCCGGAGCAACGAGGAGAGGUUUUAUCUGCCGCGGUGGGAUGAAAUGCUGGAGGAAUGGGAUGAGGAGGUGGACGGCGCGGCCAAUGGGAGUGUUGUGGUGGGUAGUAUCAGCGACUGCAAGGAGUGGUGCUGGAACCAUUGCCAAUGCGGUGGGGUCAGCUUAGAGCGCGCUGGAAAUGGCACGACUCAAUGCGUUUUUUACAAGUACGGGGUUUCUUCUAACGAGUCGUCGGGCGUUCCCCGGGCCAACAUGUACCGCCAAAUUAAGGGUAAAGUUCCUAGAAAAUACGACUCCGGUGGCAAUGGCAGCACCAACGCUCCUUCCAUUUCCCCAAGUGCAGCCCCAUCAGCAGUUGAUCCUCCUCCGGCUAAAGCAAAAGUGAAGAACAGUAGUGGGAAGUGGGUAAAGAAGAGCGGGAAGUGGGUUUUGGUUGGGAUCGCAUUGGCGCUUAUGAUCCUCCUCAUACUUACCACGUUUUGGUACACGAGGAGGCGAAAACUCAGAGAGUUGGUGACUGCGGUGAGAGAUGAAGGAAAUGGAGGGCACGAUCAUUUGACGGUUUACAGUGUGGCGGCGAUAAUGAUGGCUACAGAUAACUUUUCCCCUCAAAACAAGCUUGGUCAAGGAGGUUUUGGACCCGUUUACAAGGGAAAACUACCAAAUGGGUUGGAAGUAGCUGUAAAGAGAUUAUCAGAAACAUCAGGCCAAGGCUUGGUGGAGUUUCGAAAUGAGCUAAUACUCAUAGCUAAGUUGCAACACAGGAACCUUGUUAAGCUUUUGGGUUACUGCAUCCAUGGAGAAGAGAAGAUGCUAGUAUACGAAUAUAUGGCAAAUAAGAGUUUGGAUUCUUUUAUAUUUGACGAAUCGAAGAGAUCACAAUUAGACUGGAAUGAGCGUUUCAAUAUUAUUGAAGGAAUAGCUCAAGGGUUAUUGUACCUUCACAAGUAUUCGAGAGUGAGGAUCAUACAUAGAGAUCUAAAAGUUAGCAACAUACUACUAGACGAAAAAAUUAAUCCAAAGAUCUCAGAUUUUGGGUUGGCGCGUAUUUUCUAUACAAAUGCUUCGAAAGCUAACACAAACAGGCCAGCUGGAACAUUUGGCUAUAUGUCUCCAGAGUACAUAAUGGAAGGUGUUUUCUCCACAAAAUCUGAUGUCUUUAGUUUCGGCAUUAUGUUGCUGGAAAUUGUAAGCGGAAGGAAGAACUAUCGCCUCAUUCAACAAGAUCCACCGAUCAAUCUCGUGGGAUAUGCUUGGAAGCUAUGGGAAGAAGGCACCCCAUUACAGUUAAUGGAUCCAUUCUUGAGCAAUAUCGAUAAUUAUAAGGACCAGAUACUUAGAUGCGUUACCGUAGGGCUACUCUGCAUUGAAUACAAGGCAGAAGACCGACCGUCAAUGUCAGAGGCAAUAUCAAUGUUAAAUAAUCAAGUUGCAUCAUUGCCCAUACCAAAACAACCCGGCUUUACGACGAGGCCGGGAAGUAUUGGUUCUGAGAGAAGGAACCUGCCAGAAAAAUGUUCAGACAAUGAGGUCACGUUGACAACAAUGUGUGCUCGAUAGGUAGACAUGGAGGAUUCCAUCACUUUUUUUGUUGAGUUUUUUAUUCUCUUUUGCUUCUUGUAUGCAUCUUAGUAUAUUUGCAGACACUUUGAUGUGGUGUUUUUUGAAGGAAAUACGAGGAUCAGGUGUCAGAAUCAGAUAAAAAAUAAGCUUGUCCCUAUUUUAAAAGGAACUAACUUACUGGAUAUCUACGAAAUUGAGUCGUGAGAGUUUGACCAAACGUAAACUACAAGUCUAAAGACCAAAUUGGUCCAAAGAGAACUAUAAUGUGAGAAGGAACUUCUAGUCCUAAAAUAUACUACUAGACGAGAAUCCGAAAUCUUAAAAUCUCGUAUUUUGGUAUGUCUCACAUUUUCAAUACAAAUGCAUUGGAAGAUAGAACAAAUAGUCUUGUCGGAACAUAAUAAGUAGCCUCUCAAAUUUCCUCACCCACCAUACUAUCUUUACGUCAGUGGUGGUCAUAUUUUUUAUCAUGUAUAAGUUGGAAGGAUUCCUUACGUAUUAGGAUUGAUUGAAAAUUUAGUAAUUAAUUACAUCUAACUAUGUGACACAGUAAUUAAAUGUUUCCCGGGUACGCCAUGGAUGACACAGUUUUAUUUUAUGUUGUAUGUAUCUUAGUUACCCUCCAUACAGAAUAUAGAAGUAAAUUAAUUAUUCAAAAUCUAAAAUCUCUUAAAUUAUAACAUAAUUUCUCUCCACAUAUUAUGUCUCUCCCAUAAUACAGUAGCUAGUUGUCCUCAUUCGUGUUCGCCGUCGUUGUCGUCGUUGUUGUCCGACUGUUUCCUCUUGAUCUCUUGAUUGAUCUCUCGAUCUCAAGGCUGCAACUGCUUUGUCCUUGCUACUGGCCGAGAGAACGAAUUGGGCUGGAGAGAGACCAAAUUGAGCCCAAAGAGAUGCUUAAUUGGUCUGUAAAGAAAAUGUGAAAAAAAAG